AUGGUGAGGACGUUGCGGUUCGCUAGUUGGGGAUCCAUGCUAUCGUCGAGGAUGGGUUUGCGAUUCAUGCGGAUUGCAACGCGACGGUGUCGGUGGCCUUUCGUCUUCCAGGCUUGGCCAAUGAGAAUCAGAGCCGUUGCCACUGGUUGGCCGAAGCAGGGGAGCCCAUGCCCGCCAGUCCCAACGUACGAGAUCUUGAAGGCGUUCAGGCUCUUCGACGACGACGAGACUGGGAAGAUUACUCUCAAGAACCUGAAGCGUGUCGCGAACGAGUUGGGCGAGCGGAUGACGGACGAGGAGCUGCAGGAAAUGAUCGACGAGGCCGACAGGGGCGGCGACGGGGAGGUGAACGAGGAGGAGUUCCUCCGCAUUAUGAAGAAGACCAACCUGUUCUGA